AUGGUAGAGGACUUAGCAGCUUCCUAUGUUGCUCUGAAAUUGGAGAAUGAAAUCCUGCAGGCUCAAGUGAAGAGGCUCAUGGAAGAAAAUGCUGCCCUCCAAGCCCAGAUACCAGAGCUCCAGAAAUUCGGAGCAGCCAAAGAGAAUGAACCACUCCGAAAAUACUCAGAGGUCCAAGAGCCCCCAGAGGCCUCAGAGCUAUUGCAACCUCCAGCAGCCAGGACCUCACAAAAGCCCUGGGAACCCCCAGGAAUCACAGAGCCCGGGGGACUCCCAGAGAUCAAGGAGCCCAAGGAACCCUCAGUUAUUAGAGAACCCAGGGAGAUCAAGGAGUCCCAGAAGCCCCCAGAGAUCAAGGAGUCUAGGGGACCCUCAGCCAUCACAGAGUUCAGGGAAUUCCCAGAGAUCAAGGAGCCCCAUUCAUCCCCAAAGUUUAAGGAGUAUCGGGAGCCCUGGGAGCCUCCAGAGGUCAAUGAGCCCUGGGAGCCCCCAGAGUCCCUGGAUUCCACAGCACUCUCAACCUGGAAGCCUGCAGCAGUCAAGAAGAUCCAGAAGGCUCUGGAGUCCCCAGCAGACUGGGAGGCAGGGCCCACAGGCAUCCAGGGUACCCCAGUCAUCAAGGAGCUCCAGAAUUUACAGCUCCACAACCUUACAAAUGAUGAGGAGUCUCAGAAGGUUCCAGAAUACCAGGAGACCUCAUCACAGGCGGAGCCCCUUGAGCAUCCAGCUACCCAGGAGCCUCUGGACUCCUCAGAUACCGAGGAGUUCCUAGAACUCUCAGUACCUGAAGAGUCCCUAGAGGGCCUAAUAGUUGCGGGAACAGGAACAGCUGCUGCCUUUCCACAGGCCCACGUUAGAUUAGAGGCUGCAACUUUACCCCUAGAGUACCCAGUGGCCUUCAAUGGGGAUUCUCAGAAACUCUCUGAGUUUUUAGUUCAGUUGAACAGCUACCUGAGAACCAGAGGGCACCUGUAUCCCGCUGAAGCAGCUCUAGUAGGCUUUGUUGGCAGCUUCUUCUCAGGUGAGGCAGGAAGGUGGUUCCAGUCCUUAGCAGAUACCCAAAGUCCCCUGCUGGAACAAUUUGAAAGAUUUAUUCGAGCGCUCCAAGACACAUUUGAUGAUCCAGAAAACAUGGAAGUAGCUACACAAGGCCUCCCUCAGCUGCGCCAAGGGGAAAGCCUUGUCCACAGAUAUGCAACCCGCUUCCAUCUCAUUGCUCAAGAGUUAAAUUUGGAUGAAAGCACCUUCUGCAUCCAAUUUCAAGAAGAGCUUGCCAGUUCUAUUCAAAAUGAACUGUCUUGCACAAGUCCAGCCACCAGCCUAUCGGAUGUGAUCAUUCAGUGUGUCACCCUUGAAGAGGAGACAAGUGGUAAGGCUGAUUCCAAUUCAUCAUCCUCUGAAGAGGAAAAUGGCUCCGAGAGUCCACCAACUGAAAAUCAGGCUGUUCAAGCUACAAGUAAUCGACCUCACCUCAGUGAGGCUGAGCGGGCCCGACGCCGUGAAGGUCACUUGUGCCUCUACUGUGGCCAUCCGGGUCAUUUUGCCAGAGACUGCCCUGUCAAGCCUCAUCGUGCCCAGCAGGCGGGAAACAUGGAGGCCCGGCGGUAA